UAGAAGCGAGGGUUAUUUUCAGUCUGUAGAAAUUAGCUACACAUAGUCAAAAGUCUCAAUUUCUGUGCAACUCCAAAUCCCACCUACUUGUUCUAUAAAUAUAUUUGCCAUACUUCACAAACAAAAUAAAUAAACUUGUCAUCAUCCAUCACAAAAAUUAAACAUGGAGGUUUUUGUAGCCUUCGCAGGAGUAGUUGUAUUAGCUUUUCUCUGUAAAGUUAGCACUUGUCGACGCCCAGUUAACAGGAAGCUACCACCGGGUCCAAAACCAUGGCCAAUAAUUGGCAAUUUGAACCUACUUGGUCCUAUCCCGCAUCAAUCUUUUGACUUGCUUUCCAAAAAAUAUGGAGAGCUGAUGCUGCUAAAAUUUGGGUCCAGGCCAGUUCUUGUGGCAUCAUCUGCUGAAAUGGCAAAACAGUUUCUUAAAAUACAUGAUGCAAAUUUCGCCUCCCGUCCUCUGUUAGCUGGUGGAAAGUAUACAAGCUAUAACUAUUGUGACAUGACAUGGGCACCGUAUGGUCCCUAUUGGCGCCAAGCACGACGAAUUUACCUGAACGAGAUAUUUACACCAAAAAGGCUAGAAUCGUUUGAGUACAUUCGUGUUGAAGAAAGGCAGACCUUUAUUUCCCAGCUAAAUUCUCUUGCUGGAAAGACAUUUUUUCUGAAAGACCAUUUGUCACGAUUUAGCCUAUGCAGCAUGACAAGGAUGGUUUUGAGCAACAAGUACUUUGGUGAAUCAACAGUUAGGGUGGAAGAUUUGCAGCACCUAGUAGACCAAUGGUUUUUACUUAAUGGUGCUUUUAACAUUGGAGACUGGAUUCCAUGGCUCAGUUUCUUGGACCUGCAGGGGUAUGUGAAACAAAUGAAAGCUUUAAAAAGAACUUUCGAUAAGUUCCACAACAUUGUACUAGAUGACCACAGGGCUAAGAAGAAUGCAUUUGUCCCAAAGGACAUGGUGGAUGUCUUGUUGCAGAUGGCUCAAGACCCUAAUUUGGAAGUCAAACUCACAGAUGAUUGUGUCAAAGGAUUAAUGCAGGAUCUACUAACUGGAGGAACAGAUAGCUUGACAGCAGCAGUGCAAUGGGCUUUUCAAGAACUUCUUAGACAGCCAAGGGUUAUUGACAAGGCAAUCCAAGAGCUUGACCAGGUUGUUGGGAAGGAGAGAUGGGUAGAAGAGAGAGAUUGUUCACAGCUAUCGUACAUUGAAGCAAUUCUCAAGGAAACACUAAGGUUACAUCCUCUUGGAACUAUGCUAGCACCACAUUGUGCUAUUGAAGAUUGUAAAGUGGCUGGUUAUGACAUAGAGAAAGGAACCACCGUUCUGGUGAAUGUUUGGACCAUUGGAAGGGACCCCAAGUACUGGGAUAGAGCACAAGAGUUUCUCCCAGAGAGGUUCCUAGAAAAGGACAUUGACAUGGAUGGACAUAACUUUUCCUUCUUGCCAUUUGGCUCAGGGAGGAGGAGGUGCCCUGGCUAUAGUCUAGGACUUAAGGUUAUCCGAGCAACUUUAGCCAACAUGUUACAUGGAUUCAACUGGAAAUUACCUCAAGGUGUGAAUACAGAAAGCGUAAGUGUGGAAGAACAAUAUGGGCUCACAACACAUCCAAAGUUUCCUGUUCCUGUCAUCUUGGAACCUAGACUCUCUUCACAUCUCUAUUCCCCUAAGUGAAGCAACUUUUGGAUUACUAUUAAAGUACUAUUAGGUUUUUGUCUAUUCUGUUUUUGGACAAGUUUAUACAAGAACAAAACAAGACAUAUAUGAAUAAAAAUAGUUGUUAUAUCGAUUAUGCUUUAAUA